UCCUAUCUCCGCCCCCAGCCCGCUUUGCUCCCGUGAGGGCGGCUCUUAUAUUGCCCCCAAAAACUCCUCCCGACUGGCGCCUUUUUUCUUUAUCUGCAGAAGAGGAGACGCACAUGCUAUUUUUAGGGCCACGUAGGAACAAACCGCUUUACCUGCUGGUGUGAGACGUAAACAUGAGCGACAAGGGGACAGUGGCAUCCAAGGAGAAGGAGAAGGAGACUGCGGAGAAGAGGGGUCGCGGGAGACCCCGCAAGCUUCCUCAGGAGCCCAGCGGAUCGCCCACUCCGAAGAGGCCCAGAGGACGGCCCAAGGGCAGCAAAAACAAGUCCAUCAGCAAGGGCAAAACAAAGGCAGAACCUGCUCCUGGUAUAAAACGCAGAGGAAGACCCAAGAAGGAGGAAAAGGAAGAGAAGGCAUCACAGGAGUCAUCUGAACAGGAAGAAGAGGAGGAAGAGGAGGAGGAGGAGGAGGAAGAGGACCAGUAAUACACAACGGCACGCUACCUCACUCGACAUAACUGACUUACCGUUAACUGUAACUGGACUGCAUCUCCAAAACCAGUGCCACUUUCAUCAACCACUGUUCCCAAAAAAGGGUCCUUGGCCCAAACAAGGGCCAGCCAACACGGUCCAUAACCCCCCCCCUCCACGCAACAGCACUGGAUAAAACGCUGGACCUUGCUCAAGCAUAGAUCUAAGUAUCACGUGACAGCCGACGGGCCCUUUUCUCCAUGUCAUGAAAUCGCAUCUUUUAUACUGGAGAAGGUGGGCUUUUAGGGGCCUAGUGUUUUUUUUUUUUUUUUUUUUUCCCCUCACCAAAAGAUGGUUUGUAGUCUUUUUUUUUUUUUUUUCCCCCCCUCUUUACUCAAUGUUACUUAUCGAUAAUCCACGCGUCUGAGAUGGUAGGGCAUGUAGAGUUUCUGUUUUUGUACUGGACAACGGUGACUUUUUACCAAUACUCGUCGUGUUCGUGUGACGUGGUUGAACCUAACCUUCGCGUCGUAUGCUAGGUGGAGUUGAGCUUCAGUGUUUAGGGUGAGGAUAGGUCACUGGUGGUAUAUAUAUAUAUAUAUAUAUAUAUAUAUAUAUAUAUAUAUAUAUAAAGCCCCUCCCCCCCCUUCCCAGUGUCACCUCUCACAAGUAGAACCUCCUAGGACAUUUUAGGUUUUAGCUUCUCAAACAGCCUCCUCUGUCGUUGGUGUGUAGCGGGGGAGGCAACUGGUGUUUGCUGUUGAUUUUGUUUGUUGGGUUUUUUUCUCAUGUUACUUUCCAGUUUCAUACCAUUUAAAAACAAAACAAAACAAAAAAAAAAAACGUGUGCUGCUUCUUUUCAAGUGUUGUCAUUUUAAAAGUACUCUAGGGUUCCAGGUUGACGGCAUCAUUGUCAUUUUUUCAGGGAUCUUUUUACCGACGGUGUUUUGCCUGCGCGCUCGCCCAGUCAAUCGAAAGACAAACUGUAUAACCACGAGGAGAUUAAUAAUAAAAUCCAGAGUUGUUGGUACUUUUCCGACAGGGCCGCAUAUUCCCCCCCCCCCCCUUUCUGCCACCUGCACCCACUUCUUCACCCAGCGCGGUUCACAUGUCCUUCAUUUUAGUUGUGUUAUGCCAUUUUGAAGAUGUUUGGCUUCCUUCAACGACAAAAAGAACGUUUAAGUGUAAACUUGGCAGUUCUUCCACACACCUCAGCUGCUACAACCUCCUCCGUUUUAAAGCCGGAAAACUGCAAAUUGAAAACACAAUGCCUAGCGUUUCGUACCUCAUUCAGCAGGCUAUUUCAUUGCAAUUAACUUUUGUGUGUGUGUGCGCGACUGUGUACUCUGGCACUACUCUGACAGGUUUCUGUAGUAAACUUUUCUUAACAUAAACGUGGUUGAAAACGCCUCAACUUGCUCACAACUGCAGCUUGAAGACUGGCUGGUGUUUGUUCGUACGCGUGCGUGUUUGUGUGCGUGACGCAAAGUCAGCUCGACAGUUGUGUUUGCCGGCUGAUAAGUUUGAGCAGGUUUUUAUUUUCCUUCAGGUGCACUGAAACGUUUUAACGCCGGACACUUCUCCCGCUCGUUUGGCGAAAGUCGUCAUGAAGUGGUCAUUUUUGUCCCAUCGAAUUCCACAAAAUUGGAAUCACAUUGCAUAGUGACAUCUACAUCUGUUCAUUUAUAUACUGUAAACUGUUGAGGAUGGGAUCAUUCUUUUUAAUGGACACCGUAUGUAAAUGUACAAUGUAUAUAUUUUCUAUGGUGCCCUACGAUUUGUAUGAAAUAAAAUGGUCAAAUAUCAUUUUCUGUCAUUCUUCUGUCAUUCUGGGUGGCAGCAAUCGAGCACGUUUGGCUUUGAGUUUAUUGCGGUUCUAGUCGGCUAUUUUUGGCUUUUUGGUGAAAUAAGAACAGGUUAGAUCAAUACGACCUAAUCUUAACUUUUGAAUGUGCAAGUACCGCAACUUGGCAUUUGUCAAAUGAGCUGAAAGGCAAAAUUCAUCACAGGUGUAUGAUUAUUUAACCAAUGCAUAUUUCACUAGCAUCUGGUCAACACUGAUCAGUACUACUGUUCUGUCCCCACAAGUAUUUGUUGCAAAUGGCUCAACAAGCAUACUGUUUUAUUUUUCUUAGAAAGUGAUGGUUUUGGCAUCUGCAUGCGCUCGCAAUAUUUACAUCAUGAGAGCAAGCGCAAGACGGCUACGAAUGAAAUGAUCCAAACGGUAUUUUUCUCAGAGGGAAGUGACCACUGAGUUGUGCGUGUUACUGUCAUCAGAAAUAUUAAACAUCAUACUUGGGGAGCGGUCGGAGAAAGGCACAAAAUUGUCCUUGGAAAAUAAUGCUGUUCAGCUUCUUGUUACAGAUAAGUAAACUACUGAAACGUCAAACCGUUGGACAUCCGUCCAAAGGUUUAGAGGUCAAAUGAAAUUUUUCUAUAAUGGUUAGAGUAGAUGGUUAGAAUCACCUGAAAGACAAAUCUUCAAGUAUUCUUUUUGCGAGUAAAGUAGAAAAUGCGUUAUCCAACCUGACAGACUGGAAACAUUUAGAGCGCAGUCUAUAGAGUUCGUGCACGUGACGUCACCAUUUUCACGGCACCGUAUUGCCGGUCAAAAAGAGAUGCUUGACAGUGUGGGGGACAUUAAACCGGAGAGGAAUAUUCACAGUGCUCGAGACUUGUUGUGCUGUUGGUUGUUACAACAGACAAGACAGAUAUUUAAAGACAUCAUUCUAUGAAAUACCAGCUGAAAAGUUGAGAAAAGAACGAUGGAUGCUGCCCAACCAAAGACACACGACUAUGUAGCGAUCACUUCAUUUCAGGCAAGAAUUAUUCUUAAUCUCAAAUUCCCGAGAAGUAUUUAUAACGCCAAGUUGGCUCAUUUGAGAA